GAAAAAUUUCAAUCGCCUUUGUGUGUGAUUAAAAAAACAAGAAAAAUCCGCUAUAUCACCAAAUCUUCAAUUAUGGCGAACACUACAAGAAAAGAGAUCAUCGGCAAGGUGUACAAGAUGAUCCCACCAAUGCUCGAGAGUUUCCACAAAGGUCAGUUGGGCCGUGUAGCAGUCAUCGGCGGCUCCGAAGACUACACAGGCGCACCGUAUUUCUCCGCAAUGGCAUCAGCGAAGCUCGGUGCCGACAUGUCCCACGUAAUCUGCGAACCCGGUGCGGGCGCCGUGAUCAAGACCUACUCCCCCAACCUUAUGGUGCACCCUUACAUGCGACAAUCCAAGAACCUCUCACAGUCCGAAUCUCUCGACAGCGUCGCCAACGAAGUCAUUGGGAUGCUCUCCCGUCUACACGUCAUCGUCAUCGGACCCGGCCUAGGACGCGACAAGCUAAUGCAAGAUACAUGCGCCAAGGUGAUUGAGGAGGCGCGGAAACAGGGGAUUCCCUUCGUGCUGGACGCGGACGGUUUAUAUCUGGCACAAACACGACCGGAGCUCGUGGAGGGGUGUAAAGAGUGCAUUCUGACGCCCAAUGUUGUGGAGUUUGGCCGGUUGGCUAAGGCGAAGAACAUCAAGGUCGAUGAGGGAGAGCCGUCGGAGCUGUGUGCUAAGCUUGCAAAAGCGUUUGGCGGCGUGACGAUUAUCCAGAAAGGUGCUAAAGACUACAUUUCGAAUGGUGAGCACACGCUGGUUAGCGAGGGUGAGGGUGGAUUGAAGAGAUCUGGUGGACAGGGUGACACAUUGACGGGCAGCUUGGCGACGUUGUUGGCGUACCGCAAAGCGUACCACGACAAGAUCUGGGACCACGAGGACGACUUGAAGCCGGAAGAAACACUGGCGCUUGCAGCAUAUGGUGGAAGUGCUAUCACAAGGGAGUGCUCACGGUUGGCGUUCAAGGAGAAGGGCAGAAGUUUGCAAGCAGGAGAUCUGACGGAGCACGUUCACCAGGCGUACUUGAACGUCGUGGGAGAGAAGGGAAGCAAGCUGUGAGAUUCAACGGGAAGAACCUCGGAAAAAGAAGUAAGAUACCGUGUGGAGAAUAACUGUCAUAUAGAUGGGGUGAUCGGCAACAAGUAGCGGGAUUGAUACAUACGAAUUCAUUUGACGCCUUACUCCACCACUGCGUGGUUUCACAUUCUAUUCACCAACUAUAAAACAACCAUGGUUCAUUGUUGAUUCGAACACCAUGGUCUAGUCUGAGCAACAUCAGUCCUAAAUAUUGCUUUUCACAAAGCAAUUAACACCAUGUGAUAGCCUGCAUGAUCAGACUCUGAGUGGAUCUAGCGGGAAUAGAACAGCCAAAGACUGUAAGACUUAAACCGAAUGAUCGAAUUCUAGCGAGUGUAAUUUGAUGCACUUGAGACGCAAAGCAGGCACCACCAAUCCCAAAGUCCUCUCCAUUCAACAAACCAAAGCUCCACCCAACUAACCUCACGGUAGCUCCUCUCCCAGCCCACACAUAACCACCCGCCAAUCCAUCCUUAACUUCCAAC